AUGGCCGGUACAGGAAUAAAGGCCCUCGGGACAGGCAGAUUUCGGGUUUCCCAUAUGAACGGACAAGCGAAUACCUCUGGCGCUCCUCCUUUUCGAGGCUUGCGAGCCGUGUCAUGCAGAGUGACGAUCGCUAUUGCUCUUGCAUUAUUGGCGCUGAAUUUGCUCAUCAAGACAACUGACGUGCAUAAUGCAAACGACUCAGGGAAGAUCAGAAGCCUCCCCCGCCAGAGCUGCGCGCUGCCCAAACGAAUUCUGGUCUGGACGACGUACUGGACAGAGCAGAGUUUCGGCUGGGAGAAAAUAUUCUACAGGCAAGUAUCCCGGCAGUGCGAUGUCAGCACCUGUGAGCUAGUGUACGACCACCGGCUGCUGCCCACCGCUGACGCCGUGCUCUUCCACCCGAUUGACCUCCACCCCGAGUACGAGCUGCCCGCCCACCGCGACCCGAGGCAGCUCUGGAUCUUCUUCAGCGUCGAGGCUCCUCCUGGUGGGCAAGCUCCUCUGUGCUCAAUGGUGGAUGAUCAGCACGUGAAUCUGACGCGCCUCGGUGGCGUCUUCAACUGGACCAUGACGUACCGCCUGGACUCCGACGUCGUGGUUCCGUACGGGCGAGUCACAUCCAAGUCGUCUGACAACUUCACGCUCACAAGUAAGGACUACUGGUCGAGCAAGGACCCGUCCAAACUGGCAGCGUGGAUGGUGAGCCACUGCGGCACUCCAGGGCGAAGGGAGUGGUUCGUCAAGGAACUGGUCAGACACAUGAAAGUGGAUGUUUUCGGACGCUGUGGACACAAAAAAUGCGGGAAGAAUAUAUCCAUCAAGACUCUUGGCAGUUUCGACCAAGACAAAUGCAAUGCAGAGAUCGGGCAGUACAUGUUCUAUUUUGCUCUGGAGAACGCUAUAUGCCAAGAUUACGUCUCAGAGAAGUUCUUCCUGGCGCUGCAGCUGGACGUCAUUCCGGUGGUGUUCGGAGGCGGGAACUACGCGGCCAUCGCCCCGCCCAGGUCCUACAUCAACGCCCUGGACUUCCCUUCUCCCAAGGCCUUGGCCGACUACCUGAAGGUGGUGGCCAGUAAUGCAACGCUCUAUAAUAAAUACCUUGAGUGGAAGGACCAUUACAGCGUGGAGCUCGGCCACCCGUUUUCCACCAUGGUAUGCGACUUGUGCGCCAAGCUGCAUGACCCGAGAUCCUUUGAGCUCCCGCGAAUUGCCCGCUCUAGCGCAGAGGCCGCCGGAGUGGUGCUGAGCGUCCAAGGCCGCGACUCCAGCGGAAGUUACCCGGACAUCGAGAGCUGGUUCGUGAAGGGCAGCGCGUGCCGCAGGUGGUGGGCGGGGCCGUACGACCGCAGGGAGCAUUGGAAGCCUUAGCGGGACGAGGAAUUGCUCUCAAUGCAAAUGCAACACUCUGUGCGUUACCUAAGGAACAUCAGAUUUAUUUCUUCAAGUGUGUGCAAUAGGCUGUUUCAUUAAACCUGAUGUGUGCAAAUGGGAGCCUCUCUGAAGAAACUGACAUGGGCAUUUUGGCCACGUUUCUUUUAUGCUUACUUCUUUUAUCUUUUGAAUCUAUGCGUCAAAAUAUUACCGACGUAGGUGAGGUUGUACAUGAAGA